AUGGACUUCGCGGAGCAGGACGUCGAUGUCUUCGGCGAGGAAUACGACGACGCUGAAGCCGAGGCCGGGGGUGGAGGCGACGCCUCGUCCGCCUCCUCCUUCCCAUCCUCAUCCUCCUCGUCCUCCGCCGCCGCCUCCCCCUCCUCCUCCUCCAGUGCCGCCUCCUGCGGCCGCAUCAGCAGCCCCGCCAGCGGCGGCGUGGACAAGGACGGCGCCGUCAACGGGUACAGUGGGGAGUACGACUUGUUCGACGUUGUGCCCGUUGGGCCCACCGCCGGGGACAAGGGGGAGGAGGAGGCGAGAGAUUUGUUCAGCUCCGACAACAUGGAGUACGUCAAGACCCCCGCGCAUAGCAAGUACCUAAUUCCAUGUCUGCCUCUCUUUACUGAAUUAGCCGCCAGAUUCUCCAGGGCCAAGUUCUCCUCAGUAUUUGGUGAACAUAAUUUCUUAGGAGAUUGCUACAUAACCCUACCCAGUUUCUGUGUGAUUGGCUGGUUUUGUUGCUCAUGGGGCUCUGGGAGCUGA